CUCUCUCUCUCCCUCUCCCUCUCUUCUCUCUCUGCCAGCCCCCCACCACAUCCUCAUCUAUACAAAUCAUCGAUCAAGGUAAAACAAAAGAACACUCGUGCUUCGCAUCCUGUCUAUUCUUCCACUUCCAGAAAGAAAAAAAUACAAAGUGAGUUUAAUGUACUUGAGAUGUCAUGAACUCAUCAAAGAGAUAGGGCGAGAGAAAGAGAAAAAAAAAUCUAUUCAGAGAUAUGAUGAAUAGCAUUGAUAAAAAGGAAGACUGUCUGAUGGUUGUGUUCACAUUCUAUAAAAAAAACUAUCCAAUCACUUUCAGUCGAGGUGACGGAUAACACAAGCUCUCUCUUGUGAUGAAGCGACAAUCAAGAGACGAUUAAAAUACAUAGCAUCCGGGCUCUGAAUGGCGUGCGUUUCCGCAGAGAUAAUGUAUUGGAUUUUCCCUCGGAUUGGGUGCCAAAUUUAACAGUUGGACAACCGCGGAAGUAUUUUUACUAUCCACUCAUGAUGUCAGGCUCUGUAGAGACUUCACACCAACUUUUACUCAUAUUUUAGGGUAUCGGUUCUUGGGAGUGCAGUCGACAGCCAGAAAGUUGGCCUGUCAGUACACUUAUGGUUUCUCCUGGCGCUCUGCUGAACGAAGAGAUUAAACUUAUAUUAUGAUAGUCUGAUAUUUUAAUGAUCAAUAAAUAGUGACCAACAGUGCCUUAGUAAUCAAUCGUUAAGCUGACAGCAGCAUCUGGCUCAUUUAUUGCAGCAGUAAAACACAGUCGUACAAUGGAAACCACUGAACUUGUAGAGAGAAAAAUGGCUGUUCAGGGUCAUGGAGUGAGUACGUGCAGUCCAAACUAUGAGCUCUUGACUACUAAAGUCAGCAUCUGCUCGGUGAUCACGAUCGUUGGAAAGAAGAAAGUUGUCCUCCUCCACGCAGACUCUAGCAUCACAGGAGAAGACAUCCAGGAGAUCGCCAAGGGGUUGGAAUCCGAUGAUGAAGAUGAUCCCAAACCCAAGAUCAGCUAUGUCUGCUCCAGUAAAGAGGGAUAUCUUGAGAUAUGGACAGACAUCAUGUGUGGACUGCUCCCAGAGUUGUGCUACCCGCAGCGGUCUCGUAUCAAGUUCUCUGCUGGGAAGUUCAGCGUAUGCAGCCUUGAUGAGUCCACAGAUGGCUACUAUCAUCUACCCAGGUCGGACCUGGUUGCUUUGGUGGACACAGAGUGCCUUUGGGCGUCUCUUUACUUCAGCGACUCUAUCCGCUUCGGACCAAUCCUCCUGGACACUGUGCAGGAUCUGGAAGAAGGUCUGAUAGCCGCAGGUAACGCUCUCUCAGUCGUGCAUCUGCUGAGCUUUGACGGUAUCAUCAAGGAGAUACAGGUCGAUGCUUUCCUGCAACGCUACUGGAAGACCACAAUCCUUGGAAGGUUCCUUGAAGAGUUUUCUCCUAACCUGCUGCCCUCAUUUGAGGGCAUGACGCACCUAAGCGUUGCAGAGUUUCUUGGCAAAGACAAUGCCAAGGAGGAAGACAAGAAGAUGGUGGAGGACAUUGUGGUUGACUAUGGCAUCUUGGUGCUCUCUUUUCUGGACACUCUGAAAGACUUCACCUAUCCAUCAGCGUUCACACCCAAGAACGGAAACAAAGAAACAGACACCGGCUCACUACCAACGAAACCAGAGCAGGCCCAAACAAGUGGGCCACAACAACAGGCCAGGUCCCCCAGGAGAGGUUCUCAAAGUACAGACUCACUAGGACCGUCUCUGUUUGAGGAAUCAUUUAAAAAUGUCAAAAUAAGCAAUGACGUGCCUCCCAAGCAAGCCAGGCCUCGAAGAGCAAGUGCCAUUAAGCUGUUUGAAAAGAAGAGAUGAGAAGUCUUUAACAGGAUAUUUCAAAAGAACGAUGGGAUUGAGUUAAGGCAAGGUGUUUAAGGAAACUAAGAGAUAAUCAAGUUGCUUUUCAAAACUUGAAACUGAAAUGUGCAAUUUAAAGUAGGAAAAGAGUUUGGCAUACAUGUAGGAAUCUUUUUGCACCAACGUGGUUGCAGCUUGAAAAAGACACAGCCAUACCUGAAAUCUUGCCUAAUACAUUUCAACUUCAAAAUUUAAAAAUAAAAUAAUCCAAAACACACUAUGUUCAAUAUGAUUUAAAAGCUGCAUUAUCUUAACUCAUCUGCUGCUGCUAUGAUUAAGCUGUACCAUAUGGUUUUACUUAUUUAGUGCUUCCUGACUAUUUCUGUUUGUAAUAACAGAUGAGUGUGAAAAACAUGAUUAUCCUUAAUAGCUUUCAAGACAAAAUAAAGUUUUAUGCAAUUGCUAUGGCUCUGUCCCUUAAAGAUGUAAAAUCUUAGUCCCUUUUCAGACAUUUCCUAAUUUGUUUAGUCAAAGAUUAAAAAAAGAGGGCAGUGUAUUUUCCAUGAUAAUACAGACAAAAAAAAUCUAAUUAGUUUGUUAUCUUGAUUCAGCGAAUCAGCAAUAUAGAGUUUAGAAUGAUACGUCCAUGGACUUUCUGUCUCCGAAUUGCUU